UCCGGAAGCUGAGAGGAAAUUGUCGGCGAAUAGUUCGCGAAUCUGGUGCCUUUUUUGCGUCGUUCUGUGUGUGUUACCAGCGAAGCGAACCAUGGGUUUUCCCCUCGCUUCGGUUGAACUGUGUGACUAAGUGUAGAGCCCCGUAGCUCUCAGUUCGGUUCCCGUGAACCGCCAGUGUUGUUGUCAACUUCAAACUGAACAUCAAACAAAAAUAAAAGUGUGGCUGCUGCGUCUACAACUCGAACUCGAAACCCACUCCGUCAAAGACCAAGCGUCCCGUCCCGUCCGUACGGCGUAGAUUGCUUAAGCUUCCCGAGCCAAAACCUUGUGGAAACUUGGCGCGCGCGCGUAUGUGACCGUCAUCACGGGUGCAUCUUUCGUUUUUCAUGAUUGACAGUAAGGGGGGGCCGUGUCCCGAAAUCGUAUCACAGCAGCAGCUGCAGCCACCACGAUCCUCGCUCGCAGCUCAUCGAUACAGCGCCAAGCCCGGAACCGUUCGACCCGGGCGACGGCGAAGGAGACUUCUGCCACCGAGUGAGCUCUGCUGUCGGCGCGCCAUCGUACAGGCAUUCUUUAAGGAGAGCGUCACAUGAGGGGAUCGGGAUCGGGUGAUCAACAAAACUUAACCCAACAACACCCACCGCGGACCGCGGGUGGACCGAAAGUGUAAUUGUUUGGACGGGUCCUGUUGCUUGACCAGCAGCUGCUGAAAGGAAUAAGGUCUCUCACCUGGUGCGGCUCGUUCCAACCUCUAUGGAGUUUCAGCUCGACAGCGCGGAAUACUGCCAGGCACAACACAAAUAAGCGAUUCGCACGCUCUGCCACCCCUCCCUCCCCCAGGCCGAGUGUCGUGAGCGUCAAGCGGAGGACUCGGAACGCAAAGUUGCAACGCGAGGAUCGAGCAGAAGCCGCGCGCGGUGCUGCCAGGACAGGACAGAAGAGCGCGACAUCCGACUGACCGACGAGAAAGUUCAGAGGUAGCGGUGAGGUAGCAACAGUGGCGCAGCGUGAUAGCCAGGAUCUAAACGGCUUGCGAAAGAACUUGCGAUCUUUCGAAUGAGAGGCCCCGAGCUGGCGCGUAGUAAAUUGGAGAAGCAAGUGCUACACGUCGACGUAGUAGAGCACAUGCGAUUGUUUUGGCCGUAGCCUUCACCAGUCAAGCGAAGUUGUUGUCAUUCAUUGUUGCCGUCAUCGCCGAUUAGUCGCCAUCUUAGUCGCCGGCAUCUUAGUGGGACUCACUGUUUUUGUGCAGCAAAGGAGUGCAGCACUACGAUCGUUGGCGCUAAUUCAAAAUCAUCAGACAUCAAAUCUCUUGUGUUCCUGCCGUUACUCGCAACCACAACAACAAAACAAAGUAACGGAUUUUCGUACUCCACGGAGAGCUUACUGGAACGAAAAAGCGUCCCACAUCGAGCUCGUUCAUCCGAAGCGCAUACCGCGUGCAUACCAGGAACAUCGACAUUUCCUCCCCCCGAAAACGUGGUCCCUUGGUUUGGCUGCUGAAACCGCACACGACAACUAUUGACAGGCGAGCUUAAAUAAUCCCAUCGUUCGUAUGCUUCGGCGGCUCCCCAGCAUAAGUGUGCAACAAAUUCUUCGACAAUUUCAUGCAAAACUCGGUGGCAGAAAAUUGAGACUGAUUGUAAAAUAGAUCUACAUAACAUAGUGAAACCACAUUUAAGAGUCCAUCAAGCAAAAGGAGAAGAAGGAGUUGCUUGCAGCAAGCUAUCUAACUUCCUUAAACUACUUUUCGGCGACAAAGUUUUGUCCAUUUCAUCCGCAAACUGACCAAGUGAAAAUCUUACAAAACCUGAGGCAAACAACCAGAAGGAGCACCUAUCCACCGAAUUUUGAUUGAUGAAGCAGAAAGAUUCAUAGAAACUGUGUAACAUUAUUUCAGAAAGUUGGUGGCAGUGUUUUUUAGACCUGAAUGUCGAUGGAUUAAAGUGUUGCUUGGAAAAGUUGAUACAACAGUCUUUACAUGAGUGUUUCGUUUGUUUCGUUGAUGGUUUAAACGAGGGGAAAAUCAUUAGUUUUGUUGCAACACACUUGAAGAAAACACGCAAGCAAAUUCACUGAAUCCAGUGGUAGCACAUUUCGACCAGCGCCGUUUGCCUAUUUUCACAACGCCCAAUGAGUAAGGUUUUAGUCAGCAGUACUUACCGUUCGAUUUGAGAACUCUGCGGGUCCGUCGCGCGUGUGUGCUUUAGUGUGGUUAUAAAGAGACGUGGUUUUGAAUGCUGCAUGCUGAGAGGAGCAUCUGAUGAGAUAAAAGAUAAGCGUAGCGCGAGUCUCAAGACAGAUAAUUUUCCGUUUUAUGAGCCUGUUACUCGGUUGACAGUGGCUAGUACUGCGUCUGCCUUUGCUGGGCACCUUUCUUAGAUACUUCCCCGACACGAACUGUUCCAGAGGAAGUUUGCAAAGGUCACAGCGUUCAUCUUACGCUGACGUAGCAGUCAAAACCCACCCUUCGAACACGCCACACUCAAAGUCCUCGUGAUGCCGGUUGCGUGAACAAGAAGAGAAACAAGAACGAACCAACUGACAUCAAAGAUCGAGAUCACCGAAAGGAAGUGCACGAAAUCGCGUAAAGAAAGCGUUCGGCAAAUAUUCAAAACAUUCAAAAACAUCGCAUCGUUCAAUACGCAAAACUACAGAAACGAGAAAGGACGGUGUGACGGAGAUAAGAUAGUAGCGAGAAUUGUUUGAUUACAGCUGAAAGCUGAAGCGUUACCGAAAGCUGAAAACAAACCAGUGGACGGUGAAUCAUACGGUCGUCCGUGGCGCCACCCAUCGCCAACCGAAACGCUCAGUAAACCACAAGGGCUUGCGAACAGAUUAUCAACGGUUGCCCAACAGGCGUUUGUUUUGUGAUAAACUUUUUUGAAAGCUUAAAACCGGCUGGGCAAAAAAGGACACUGUCGUCGUCGUCGUCGUCGUCGUCGUGUAAAGAGGUGUGAUAAGGAUUCGCGAAAGCGUGCGACGCUUUUGUUGGUAAAAGAGAAGCGGUAAAAAUUGACUGAACGUGGGAAAAAUUGGUAUCGUAUUAAAUUGCCCAUUAAAAGCGCAUUCCUUCGCCGUCGUGUGUCUAUCAGAGAAGGGGCGUCUCCAUUGCCGCCCACUGCCCGUUGUAGGUGAAUCGUUGUUUGCCACUCGAGAAGCAAGGAUUUUUAUGACAACCCUCAUCAUGCGUCAGAAGGACAUCAGACCAGCACCGGCUCGGAUUGAGUUUAAGGGAAUGAAAUUCCUGAUUACCGAUCGGCCAUCAGACGUUAAUAUUCUUCCGUACAUCGCUGAACUGAAGAAACAUAACGUGUCGGUAGUGGUUCGCGUCUGCGAGCCAAGUUAUAAGAUCGACGAGCUGGCCAAUCAAGGCAUUACCGUGCGAGACUUGGCAUUUGAGGACGGUACCUUCCCACCGAAUGAGAUCGUGAUGGAAUGGUUCGAAAUUCUGAAGCAAAACUUUCUUUACAGGUUUCAAGAGGAUCCGGAGGCAUGCGUUGCGGUACAUUGUGUGGCAGGUCUCGGUCGGGCACCGGUUCUGGUGGCACUAGCUUUGAUUGAAUUAGGUCUUAAGUACGAGGCAGCUGUAGAAUUAAUAAGAGACAAACGAAGAGGUGCUAUUAAUGCCAAACAACUAUCAUACCUAGAAAAGUAUAAGCCCAAGUCACGAUUAAAGCACAAAAAUGGUCACAAGAACUCGUGCUGCGUGCAAUAAAACUAUCAAAAUUCCCACCAGUUAAAGUGUUCAUUUUAAGCAGGAGACAAACAAACGAAAACAACAUUUAUAACCAAGGAUUUAGUUAUCCAGGCAACAGAUCGAAGUGGUAGGCGGACGUGAAAUGAUCAUCCGAACAGAUAUUGUGUAGAUGAUCAAAAUGAUCGAAACGAGUCGACGGAUAAACUGCGCAGCCUCUGGUGGUUCUGGCUUGUUGAGUGAAUUAUUUUAAUGCAGCCCGAAGUAAAGGAUAUCAAGGAAACAAGGACCUCGAAUCGAUCACAUCGGUCUCAAAGAUAAAUGCCCCCUUCUAUUUGUCUUGAUUUGUCAAUCAAUUUUCUUUUUUCUGUGUGUCUAAGGAGGGCCGAAACUAUGUAAAUUAUUUUAUUCUCUGUGAUGAUUUAUAGGUGUCUUGAGGUGAUUGACUUAUAUUCUGUUUCCUGUUUUAAAAAAUAAAAGUGGUCUUCACAAGGCGGCUGUUAAGUGAGAAAUCAGGCGUGGUUUACUCCGUCGAUUCGCUUCGAUCAUAUUUGUCGUAAUAAAACCAUUAAGCACUGAGCAAUAGUUCAAUGCUGUGAAAUAGUUGUACAAUAACACUCUGAAACAAAACAAAACUAAUUAAAGAACUAUUCAGCAGCGCUAGGAAAAACGUUUUUCUUUAACUUCCUUCACCGUCCCAUAUCAUUUUUCAACACAACCGCAUUAUCAAUGCAGGCCUCGAUGUGGGAACUACAGUUCCUUCCUGAGCAUUGCCAUUCUCCCUCAGCUAGCAGGAUUAUUAUUAAUAAUUGAACAAUUGUUUGUGAGUCGCAUGCAACGUGCGGUGGUAAACCACUGACAUAGUGAAAAACUCCGAAAAAAACGAUUGAACAUUUUCCGGAUCAAAUUGAUUCCCAGGCUUACUACUGAAACGCGUGAAGCAGAAAGUAAAAAACACGUCGCAUAGUGUUCAAAUGAAUCAACUGAAUGACCUUCGUCUCAUGUCUCGUAGAAGCUUUUGCAGGCUUGAAGCAACGUAACGUGCACAGAUAUUUGAGUGUUAUAAUGGGAAUUUGCGCCUCCGUCGUUAGUGCCACAUGACUUCUUAGGUGUGAUUUUUUAACUUAAAUUUUGUAUCUUCAAAAAUUCACGGCUGAAGUUUGGGGACUCACAUGAAACAACUAACUACUUCCGGGAAACCAAAAUAACCGUUAUUGCGCAUAAUAUUUGUAAAUUCGUCACAGGUGAUCGCAAUCAGCUCUUCUUGUUUUUUUUUACCAAACAAAUAAUUUGGUUUGUACUGAAUACGUAGCAACAAAUAAUGCAUUUUCGCAUGUCCAGUGUAGCAGCGAAUCUGCGAUCGGCUUAAAAAUACUAGACCGCCUACUGCAUACGAUUUUACUUAUGUUUAGGAGCAUACCGACGUUUCGUGCAAUACUAAAUGUAACAUAAUAGGCCCACAGUGUGUUAUUUUAGUAGUUAAAUGAAUAAAUGUAUACCACCUGCGAUGUUUACGCCGUUAACUCGUUAUCGUAACCGGUAAAAAUUCACGAAAACUUUUAACGAAAUCAUCGAGUUUGUGAUCGUAUAAUGAUUUUACAUGACCAUACGAUGCUUUAUGCGUUGAUAGAGUCUUCUCACGAAUGUUAUUUUAAUCGAUGGCUAGUUUUUACUUUAGACUUCAGCUUUGUGCAUAAAAUCCUUGCGUGUCUGUAGUAGAUCUCUUACCUAGAAAAACCAGGAUGGGCAAUCUGGUCUAGUCCUG